AUGGGUCUCACGGAUUUUUUCUCCGAUUUGGUAUCUAGCUUCGGCUUGGCCGAAGCCCACGCUGAGGCUCCUCCCGCCGAGCAGAACGACGACAGCGUUGCCGAAGAGCAGGAAGAGAAGACAGAAGAGUCUGCCGAGCCCACCGAAGAGCCCACCGAAGAGUCCACUGAAGAAUCCGAGGAGGCUGAGCCUGAGGCUGAGGCCGAAGACGCUGAGGAGGGAGAGGAGGAGGAAGAAGAGGAAGAGGAGGAAGAGGAAGAAGAGGAGGAAGAGCCUGAGGACAUCAAGCCCAAACUCGAGGAGGACUGCGCCAACUCCAAGACAUGCGCUCCCUUCAAGCACCACUUCGACGAAUGCGUUGAGCGUGUCACACGCGCACAGGAAGACGGCGACUCUAGCGGACCCCAGGAAGACUGCGUUGAAGAAUUCUUCCACCUCCAGCACUGCGCCACCCAAUGUGCUGCCCCCAAGCUCUGGAGGAGCUUGCGGUAA